AUGACAAUAUCCAGGUUCAGCUUCUCAGGCCAUACCAAGGUCCCAAUAUCGACAAUUGUUGCUCUUCUCCUGCUCGUCCUACAAAAUGCGGCCUCAAUCAUUCUACAACACAAAAUCCAGUCGCACGCGACAACGGAAAACAAGCGCUUCGAUCCGUUGAAGGGCAUCCUCCUCUCCGAACUCCUCAAACUGACGGUCUCCCUCCUCUUCAUUCCUCAAACAACACAGAAGCCCAAAUCACUUCUCACCACCCUCAAAUCCGGCCAUGAAGAAGCCGCGCUCCCAGCGCUCCUCUACACCGCCGCGUCCUUCGCCCAGAGCAUCGGCGCCGCCUCCCUCGACCUCCUCCCGUACCUCGCUCUCUCCCAAACAAAACUCAUCCUCACCCCCCUCCUCGCAACCUUCCUCCUCAACCAAAAAUUCACCCUCCACCACUGGACCUCCACCCUCACAAUGACGGCCGGGAUCAUCCUCGCCCAGACCGGCGCUAUCGCCUCGGCAGAGACCCAGCAGCACCGCACCACACUCCCCACCAACCCCCUCCCAGGCAUCCUCGCCAUGCUCCUAGCUGGUUCAAGCGUCGCCCUCGGAGGCCUCUGCAUCGAGCGAUCGCUCAAACGCGCCGCAGCCACAACCACAACGACAAACUCCUUCUUCGUCCGGAACGCGCAGCUCGCCGCGCAGAGUCUGCUCUUCGCGCUGCUCUCGUUCCUCUGGCAGUCGAGGGGCAGGAUAUCUGGAUCCAGUUUCCUGGAGGGCUUUACCGGCCUGGUGUGGGUGUUUGUGGUGCUGCAGGCGUCGGGCGGGUUUCUGGUGGCGUGGUGUGUGAAGGUUACCAGUUCGGUGACGAAGAAUUUUGCGCAGGGGAUGGGGUUUGCGAUUGCGGUUGUGGGGCCGUUAUUGGUGGAGUCGAGGGAUAUUGAUCCGAAGCUUCUUGUCGGGGUCAUGCUUGUGCUAAGCGCCGUGGUUGGGUCGGCGUUGGCGGGGCAGAGUACGAGGGUAACGAACAUGAUGGAGAAGAGGGAGGUCAAAGGCAUGGUGUAG